AUGCCACAGGGCUACAAGGCAGAAGAGGAAGUCGAGAAGUUCAACUGGGCUGAUGUCAUCUUCUUCCAGACCCCAGUUUGGAACAUGAGCCUUCCAUGGCCAGCCAAGCAGUACUUUGAUGCCGUUUUGGGCCUUUACAACAUGCAGAAGGACAAGAAGCCAGGAAAGCAUGUCAUCAUGUCCGGCACAUUCGGCACUCCAGAGGCUGCUUUAAACAGCUUCCAUGCAGAUGGUGCUGAACAAGUCUGGUGGACAGUCACAACAUGCUUCAAAUUCGCUGGAAUUGAAAAGUUCCCAUCCGUUUCUUUCUGCAACGUUAUGGGUGGUGUUGAUUUCAAUGCAUUUUCUCAGAAGUUACAUGAACAUCUUGAUAAGUAUCUUCAGUAA